AUGUCUUUCCAAAAGCCCGAGAAGGAUUUCGGCGAAGGCCCAAAAAUCCACAAGAUCCGCAUCACCCUCACCUCGCGCAAAGUGCAGUCUCUGGAGAAAGUGUGCUCGGAGCUGCUCGACCGCGCCAAGACCAAGAACUUGCGCGUCAAGGGCCCCGUCCGCCUGCCCACCAAGACGCUGAAGGUCACCACGCGCAAGACGCCCUGUGGUGAAGGCUCAAAGACCUGGGACAUGUACGAGAUGAGGAUCCACAAGAGGUUGAUCGAUCUGAAUGCCCCGACCGAGGUCGUCAAGCAGAUCAUCAUCAAUAUUGAGGCCGGCGUCGAGGUAGAGGUUACGAUUGCGGCAUAG